AUGGUUAUCGUUUCGACGGCAAGCCGCUAUGCGAUCAUCACUGGAUUUGUAACUUCUAUUGAUGGAUCAUCGGUUGUCCUUUCAUCAGAUCACUCACUCUCAACCACGGAAAAGAAUGAACAUUUUGAUGUUGAUCGACUUGAGUCAAUGGGAACUCACGCAAUGAGUCUCGCUUCGGUGGCUUCCUUUAUGAGCGAUGAUGUUGAACGAACUAAACUUCGGCGGCUUGUUAUCGACCUCGACGAGCCGCAUUUCGAUAAAAUCCCAAAGAGCAUGGUUGAAAAAGUGAGUUCGCUGAUAAAAGGAUUAAAUAAAGAGCAAGCUCGGGCAGUUGUUCGCUCAUUGGUCGCCAAAGAUUAUGCAUUGAUUCAAGGACUUCCAGGAGCUGGUAAAAGUACGACGCUUUCUUGUGUUAUUCGCUGUUUUCUGAAGCUCGGACAAACGGUUUUGGUCACCUCACAUACACAUUCAGCUGUUGACAAUCUUUUCGAAAAGUUUAUGAAUGAUGUACCAGAAGAAGAUUUACUACGGAUUGGUAAUAUGUAUGCUGUUAAAGAAAAGCUUGCUCAUCUGACAAUUGAAGCAAAACUUGUGAAGAUUAAAGAGGAUCGUUUUCAUGCAAUGAAGCAAAUCUUGAAUUCUGUGAAAGUGGUUGGUGCAACAUGCCUAUCAGUGAACUCACAUCCACUUUUCUCGUUUCGUCGCUUCGAUGUUUGUUUGGUAGACGAGGCUUCACUUGCCGUCGAGUCCUCAUUGUUAUCAGCACUAUCGGUAUGCUCAAAGUUUGUACUCGUCGGUGAUGCCAAACAAUUGGCCCCAUUAGUUCAGAGUCGAGAAGCAAAGGAACUUGGAAUGGGCAUCUCGUUAUUCGAAAAGCUGCAAAAAAAUACCACUGCUCUAACCAGUCUCAACUCUCAGUAUCGGAUGAAUGAAAAAGUUGCCGGCUUUUCAUCAACACUUUUCUAUUCGGGAACUCUAGUUUGUGCGAAUGAAUCGAUAGCCAAAGAAUGCAUCAAAAUCAACUCCACUGAAAAGCCGCUGUCCCGAAUUUACUCUCCCGAACUGGAACAUUCUGUGGUGUUUAUGGAUACGCAUUCCGAGAGCUCUCCGGAGUCUCAGAUGAGCUCUCAAAAAGGGUCCUCUGCAACCUAUAACAAUUUCGAGGCUACUCAAAUUAAUCAGAUUUGCAACAAAUUUGUACGGUUGGGUAUUAACCCGGUGGAUAUUGGAGUGGUUUGCACGUACAGAAGACAAGUCGACGUGAUUAGAGACAUACUCGAUGAGAAAUAUGUUGAAGUGAACACGGUAGAUCAGUUUCAAGGGCGUGAUAAAUCGAUUAUCAUCUGGAGUCUUGUUUGGACGAAUUCGGACUCGAGAUGCGAACUUUUGCAUGAUGAGCGCCGUGUGAAUGUCGCGUUGACUCGAGCAAAACACAAGUUAAUCCUGGUUGGGUGUCACUCCUCGAUGCAACUCGUCUCUCCAAUUAUGUGCAGUCUUCUUAAACUAAUUCCUUCAUCGGAUGUCGUCUCUAUUGAUUCUAUU